UAAGAAUCUCGAUCUCUUGACUUUAGACAAAUUAGAAUUUGGAAAAUUGCGAUUUCAGAUAUUUGUUAAUGUUAUCUAUUGCAUUAAAUGACCAUGGAUUUUCUAAUGUCUGUCAAGUAAUAUCCGGUCACUGCUUUGGAGAUAAAAUAACUAUAAAUACUAAAUGAUACAUUAUAAAUGCAAUACUCAAAAUGUCGAUCAAAGAAACUCUCAAAGAAUUGGGCUGGCACUUGAGUGAUGAAGGAGUUGAAGCUAUUAACGAGAAUGGGCAAAUUCAAGAUACACAUUUGCUUUCUAAACGUGCUUUAGAUUUUGACUUACGCGACAUUGGUGAGGCAGCGUUUCCUGAAGAUUUUUUAAAAGAUCCUUGUAAAUUAGAGAAUCCUGUUGUGCUUCAAAUUCAAAAGAUUAGAAAUGUCUCAGCUCCAAAAGCUAAUGAAGAGUCUACAUCAGCUCCUCGUAUGUUGAAACUAAUUUUACAUGAUGGAAAAUCUACAUAUACAGCAUUAGAAACAAAUCCAAUACCGAAUUUUACAAUCAAUACCCCCCCCGGCACUAAAGUUCUACUUCAAAAUGAAGGAUUAGAAAUAUGUCAUAAUGUGAUCUGGUUAAAUUCUAAUGUAGUAAAAAUUCUUGGAGGAAAAGUAUCUCAUAUGAUUGAAAAGUGGGAACUAAACAGGAGUUUGGCAAAACAUACAAGAGGUGCUGUUGAUGGUGGUCCACCACCAUGGAUACCAUUUGGUCAAAGAUUAGAAGCCAAUCCACUUGAAAAACAAUUUAAAAGUCUGCAAGAAGCUGCCAAGCAGGAUAAUCCUGAGUUUGAAGCGCAAAGAAAGGGAGCUAUUGCGGAAGCCCAAAGAUUAUCUGGUGUUAAAAAGGUGUUUGGUGGAGGAACUAAGCCUCUAUUAGAUGCAAAUGUUCAGAAAAUUGUUGAUGCUGGAUUCACCGAAGAACAAGCUGAAAAUGCUCUUAAAUACACAAAAAAUAAUGUUGAAAGGGCGUUAAGAAUUCUCCAAAAGAGAGAUAACUCUGAGAACCGGAAUAAAGAAAAGCAGAGGGAAUCGGAACCUGCACCAAAACGAAAAGGACGAAAUAAAGAUAAAGAUGAUGAUGAUGUUAUUCCAGUAAAACCAUCUGGUAAAGUGUCUUUAUUUGACUUCUUAGAGGAUAAAUUACCCAAUGUUCCUGACCGACAAAAAGAAAGGAAUAAUCGUAUUGAACUUAGUUCAGCAGUGGAUGAAAAAAGUGAUAGAAAUUUCGGCAGUAGAGAACGAAAUAAUUCUCGAUAUAAUUCGCGUUCCCAGGGGCCUAGACAUGAGAGGCAAGAUGGCCCACGGCACCGCAACGACAGAGGACAUUUUAAUGAUCAUCACCAGUCAUCGUCUCACAGAGAGGAUAGAAAAUACCAGACACAGGCUGAAACUCCACCUCGCUUCCAAAAGAAAUUUGAGGAAAUGAAUAAACAUUCAAAUAAUCAGUAUCCCUACAAGAAUUACAAUAAUCAAUCUCAGAACCAAUACAACAAUAGAAGAAGUGAGAGAAAUUAUGAGAACAAAGUUCAACAGCAAGCUCAAUAUCCUAAUAAUUCUCACUCAAUGGAUAAAUUAGUUGAAGCGACUGCGAACCUAAAUCUAAUGUCUAACCAACAGUGUUCAAAUGAAGAGAAGCCAUCUCCACAAUAUCAACCUUCCGAGCAAGCAUAUCCUAAGCAACAGAAUUAUCAGAAUCAAAAUGUACCAGAAAUGCAGCCUUUUGGGCGAAGUAACGAUGUGCCAAAAUACCAGGAGCCAAAUUAUCCUCGCCGACAACAACCCAAUGGUUAUGUUGAACAACCUCAAAAUAUGUAUCCAAACGCUUAUAUGGCUAAUAUGCAAGGAGGCUACAACAAUAGGCAGUAUGGGUAUGGGGGGAGACCCCAUGAGUUUAAUACUAUGAGGACGGGAGGCCCGUUCCUACCUGGAUCAUUACUUGGCUUCCAAAAUGCUGCUGUUAAUGAACAAGCGCGUGCGAUGCUGGGCGUCGCCGAGAUUAACUGGAAAGUUGGUGACCGAUGUCUGGCUUUGUACUGGGAAGAUAAUAAUUUCUACGAAGCGGAGAUAACCGGUAUAUCAGCAAACACUGUUGUAGUUAAAUUUUGUGCAUAUGGUAACCAUGAAGAAGUUCUCAAAUCCAACUGCUUGCCAUAUCCAAACCAAGCGACCUCCAGUGGAGGCUAUGCGUCGCGGGGCGUAUUCCCCGCGCGCAGACCCUAGUGGCGCGGGGCGGCGCCGCGGGCCUCCGCCCCCGCCGCCCUCUCCGCGCCGCGCGCCCUUCCGCUGCCCGCCAGCUGAUACCACUCACACCCGACUCACUCAUACCACACGACUCGCACACACACUCGCCACACACACACCGCACACACUGCCGCCCUGAACAUUGACGGACAUCAGUUACACUACUGGAACGACCCCGAGAGGAUCACUAUGUUCGUAGCCACGUGGAACUAUGAACGUGAUGUGUUAUUAGGGAGCGACUCUUUGGAUGUCACUCAGUAUGAGGAAUGACGUUUUUGGACAGGCCGAAUGAGUGGAUCUAGAAGACGGAUUUAAUUAUUUUAACCACUACAUUUUAAACUUUUACUUAAAAUCCUAAAAUGAGACGGUUUAGGAUUUUAAGUUAGUUUAAUUGCAUUUGGUAUCGUAACAAAAUGGUUGUGGUUAAAUAAAUAAUGCCGUGAAUCUCAACCAGUACAUACAAUUUCUAUAAUAACAGCAUAAUAGUUAAAAAGACGACAAAUGUUUAAAAAGUGUCUACAUACAUCUUAUCUGGUGGUAAAUUUUAACCUCUGGUCGGAUAAGUUAAUGUUAUAGUGAAAUUAUAUGUCAAGUUUGCCCGUUUUCAAUAAUUGUAUUUGGUAUUCAUAAAUUUAUAUUAUCAGUUGAAAUAUCAGGGAAUGAAAAAUCAUUAAAAAUUAGUUUUUCGGCAGACUGGCAUGGAACUGGCAACUAAAAUCCCACUGUGUAGCUUCCUUCAAAGCUUUUUAUACGUGUCGAUGUCAUACUAAUAAGAAUUAGAUUUGGAAAAGUGGCAAAAUUUUUUGAACUGAUAUUGAUGUUUAGACUAAGUAUUAACCAGUACUGUCGUGUUACCGUUAAUAUUAAGUUUCCCUAAAUCAAAUUUUCCUUUCCACUCUUUGAAUGUAUAUAAACAGCUACUCCUGCGUAAACAAUGAAUUUAAACGAUUUUAACGUGAAAGGUCCGAAAUGAAUAUUAUACAAAUAUCUCAAUAAAACUGUGUGCCAAUGAACUAUGUGAUUAUUAAUAAAUUAAAAGUACAUGUUCCUUUGCCCCACAAUAAAAAAAAACAAUAUAUAUGAUCGAUAGCAUAAAUAAAAAAUAAUUUUAAAAUUUACAUUUUUUAUCGUUGAACUCGUUCCUACACUUUACGUUCCUAUUCAUAUAACUUAUUAUUAACGAUAACGGCUAGUAUUUUAUAUUAAUAAACAUGUUUGUGAGACCCUAGUGUAUUAAAUGUAUUAUAUUAAUUUGCAUUUACGGAAGCUGCACAGGUAAACGUUUAAGUGACAUCACCGACUAACGAUCCGUUAAACUCGGUGAAUUCGGAACUAAAUCGAUGUUCAUACUCGCCCAUUAAUUUAUUGUCAUUCAAUAACCACACGUAGUGUUAGCUUGUAUAAGUGUAGUUUAUUGUAUUUCUAGCUCAAAGUGUAUAUUUUCAUUUCAAUUAAGCAAAUGUUGUAUCGUUUUGUUAAUUUGUAAAUUAUACGCGAAAUCACAUUAGAGAUACGUUUCAUUUAUUUUAAAUAUAUUUAAGUGAAACUUAUUUAUUGUUCCAGAUGAAACAGGUACGAAAAAUUGAUAUAGAUACUUUUAUCAUUAGACGAUGAUUUAUAAUGUUAUUUAGCAUUCUAUAUACGCUAUUGGGUGUGGCAGAGCAUUUUUUCGUACCUUUCUCGUCUAGUCAAACAUAUAAGACAUUGCCAGCGAGUGCAAUUCCUGCAUUUCGACCUGACAUGGGUCGAUGUAUACGUGUACGCGUUAAAUAGAAGUUUUUAUUUUUAAAGUUUUUUAAAGUUUCUAUUUCAAACCAAAGCUCAAUAAUUUCUCCAUAAAACAGAGCUCUCGUGUGUAGAUACGUAUGCUUUCUAUACAUUUGUACUAAUUUUAUGUUGAAACAGUUUAUUAACAAAAGCUAAUAAAAUAAUACAAUUUA